AUUUAGUUAGUAAUUUCUAAGUUAGGUACGCUAAAAUUAAGAUUUUCUUUAAUCGAUUGUAUUUAUUUUACUUAAAUUUAUUGUAAUCGGUAACUCGAUUUGAUAAACUAAUUAAAAGUUAUUAGUAGAUGCGUCAUUUCUAUAUUCAAGUCUCAUCGUAAUCACGUAACUAACGCUCGGGUUUUACGUUUCUACGACUCAACUUUCUACUACGUAUUCUGAAGAAAUUUAGUUUGUAAAAAUAUUUACAAAUGGCCGAUGAGGAAGAAUCCUGCAUAAUGGAGUAUCGAUACACGUUAGAAGAUUUGACAUUCAACAGCAAGCCGCACAUCAACGCCCUGACAAUGCUGGCAGAGGAGAACAAACAUCUGGCCGCUAACAUUGUGAAAGCAGUCGAGAACAGAAUAAAAACUGCAAUCCCAACUCAGAAACUACCAGCUAUAUAUCUGAUGGAUUCCAUCAUUAAAAAUAUACCUGACAGUGACUAUUUGAAAUUAUUCAAAAAGAAUUUGCCUCUAACUUUUGUCAUGAUUUUUGAGAAAGUUGACGAGAAGACACGAGCAGCCUUGUACAAACUCCGCCUAACGUGGGUCAACCUAUUUCCCAACGAAACACUCUUGAGUCUAGACAUUGCUAUAAAGUCCAUAGAUCCAGCUUGGCCAAUCACAGCAAGACAACCUGGAGACCCCGCACCACAACCCAAACCUUCUGCCAUAAAGCAACAAACAUCAGCAUUCCUAACUCGAGCUAAGGUUAAUAAUGGCAGUGAGGCUAGUGACUUUAUAGAACAGUGGCUUUUAAGCUGGUUCUAUUUUUCAUAAUGUCAAUAGUUUAUAUAUAUAUUCACAUGCUAUACAUAACGAGCAUUUUCGUUUACUAUAUAAAUUUUAUGGCCAAUACAUCAUGAUGAUCAUGGACUAGUCAUAUAAUUUAUUAACAGUUUAGUGUAGGUAGGAUUUUCUAAAGUGAAGUUGGGUCACUUGUGUUUUAAUUUAGAUACGUAUCUGGUCAUAAAUGGUUGUGAUUUUACUUUAUCUGUCUUUGCCCAUUGUCUCGUCUUGCCCAUCAACCAAGUGUCCACCACCUUUUAGUAUAGUGUGACACAUGCGUAUGUCUCUAUCUGUAUAUGUACGUACGUAUACACAUGCAUACAUGUUUAUAUAUAUUUCUGUAGUUAUAUUUACUCCUAUGCAUAUGAUGGCUUGUUAUUGACUAGGUAGAUAUUGUAUGGAUGCAAUAUAUUUAUGUAUAUGUAU